GCAUGCAUCUCCUCUGUCCCGAAAUCCUGGUAAACCGAACCGUGACAAAAACCUAGUGAUUGGAACCGCCGUUAUUUCACCGCUCAACCAAAUCGAAUAAGCUACUGCUUUAUCGCCCCGUCUUGCAUGAGAAAAACAACCCCCUUUGUCGCAGACAACAACCCAAUCCCAUGGCGGAGGGUUCUCUCAAGCAAGUAGACAAGCCCUGGAGAGUUCUCGAAUUCUACAGCGGUAUUGGGGGCCUGAGGUACUCGCUAAUGAAGUCGGGUGUAAAUGCAAAAGUAGUAGACGCGUUCGAUAUAAAUGACAAAGCUAACGAUGUUUACGAGCUCAAUUUUGGCCACCGUCCCCAUCAGGGUAAUAUUCAGAGCUUGACUGCUGCUGAUCUCGACAGCUAUGGGGCACACGCGUGGCUUCUUUCUCCUCCCUGUCAACCUUACACUCGGCAAGGUCUCCAAAAGGAUUCUGGUGAUGCUAGGGCAUUCUCUUUUCUCAAGAUUCUUGAACUUAUUCCGCACACUUCAAAGCCUCCGAAUAUGUUACUAGUGGAAAAUGUUGUUGGAUUUGAGACAUCUGAUACACAUACAAAAAUGAUUGAUAUAUUGGCAAAAACAAACUAUGUUGUACAGGAGUUUAUAUUGAGCCCAUUACAAUUUGGUGUCCCAUAUUCCAGGCCACGAUAUUUUUGCCUGGCAAAAAGGAGACCUUCAUCUUUCCAAAGUCAACUUCUCAAUAACAGGCUGCUUUUGUCUCCAAGCCCACUGUUUGGGCAUCAUGAUAACACAGUGGCCAAUGAACAUGAUCAAUCAGAGGAGAGCUGGGACAAAGUGCUGCAGUCCUGUGAGCCAGUGGAGAAAUUUCUUGAAUUCGAGAAUCAUGGUGAUCAAACAGGUACUGAAUCUGGUUUCUUGGACAGCACCAUUGUUCCUACAGAUGCUUAUGGAUCCCUAGAGAAAAAUGAUAAUGCGAAUGGACAUGAUAGUAGCUCUUUAGGCCAGUACCUUGUUCCACUGAGCUUGAUAGAGCGGUGGGGAAGUGUUAUGGAUAUUGUCUAUCCUGAUUCAAAGCGUUGCUGUUGUUUUACUAAAAGUUACUAUCGAUAUGUGAAAGGGACUGGCUCUCUUUUGGCUACUGUCCAGCCAAAGAAGAAAGGUAAAUCAUCUCCGCUGAAAGAGCAAUGCCUUAGAUUUUUUACUCCUAGGGAGGUUGCCAAUCUACAUUCAUUUCCGGAAGACUUUCACUUUCCACAGCACAUAAGCCUUAGACAACGGUAUGCAUUGCUGGGUAACAGUUUAAGCAUAGCAGUGGUUUCUCCCUUAAUCAGAUAUCUAUUUGCCGAGCCAUCUGUUUAAAAGAUGCAGAUUUUUCCAUUUGGUGAGGCAAUACCCAUGCGUAACUUUCUAGAUUGCAAUGGGAUCGACCUGAUAAUUAAGUAUUGCCACUACUUUUGAAAAUAGUUACAAUCUAGGUAUCAAUCUAAUAUCCACCCCAUAUUGUCUAGGAGGUUCAAAAGCCUGUUAGUGAUUCAAGAUGUUGCCAGUGUUUUAAGACAAAACUAAUGUUGAGGAUAAGUUGCACAUACACACGUUCAAAAUGCUGUAGAAGACAGGUGAUUCGGUCAAGUCUCAUAUUAGAGAACAGUUCCUGAAGACAAGCAAGAUGCGGUAUCAAAUGUCUUUUUUGUAUUGUUCAGUGACAUGCAUGUCUGUAUGGCAAACUACUAUGGCUCGUUUGAAUAGUGAUAUGAGAUGAGAUAAUUUUAGAUCA